AGCUUUCCUUGUUGAAGUGACGUCAAUGUCCGUGCGCACGGUUGAUGUGCGGUGUCUUCCUCUGCCGACCAAAGAUUUCAUGUUGACGCGCUUACCUUUAAAGCCGGCUUUUAUUUAAUUUUGACCAGUACAAUGUCCAACAGGGAAAGAAUACCGCUCUUGUCGCUUUUGCUUCAGGCCACGUUCGUUGUGGCUUCGUGUUUCACCGAUGUGGAAACGGGGCCUGGCGCAGGUGUAUCGACACAGACCACCGCAGAUCGGUUUAAAAUCGAGGGAAGGGCCAUCGUUCCGGGUGUAAAAACACAAGACUGGGUCUCCACAGCACGAGUUCUUGUAGACGGGGAAGACUACGUAGGAUUUUUGAGAACUGAUGGCACUUUUGCAGUAAAUGAUGUCCCAUCUGGGUCAUACGUUGUCGAAAUUGUCACUCCGGGAUACAGAUUUGAGCCGGUGCGUGUUGAUAUUACAUCCAAGGGGAAAAUGAGAGCUCGUCUUGUGAACUACAUUAAGACCUCAGAAGUAAUCCGCCAACCAUAUCCUCUCCAAGUAAGGGCGAGUGGGAUUCAAAGCUACUUCAUGAAGAGGGAAACUUGGGGCUGGACUGAUUUCCUCAUGAACCCAAUGGUUAUGAUGAUGGUGCUGCCACUACUGAUUAUUGUUCUACUGCCCAAAGUGGUCAACACCAAUGAUCCAGAAAUGAGAAAGGAAAUGGAGCAAUCCAUGAAUAUGCUGAACCCCAACCCCGAGCUCCCAGAUGUGUCUGAGCUCAUGACCAAGCUGUUCUCCGGCUCCAAGGGUUCCAGCAAGGCGGGUGGCAGCAGCAAGGGCACCAGGCCGGCUGUCAAGAGGAGGUAGUACGCAUACCUCAUACGCCUGAAAAAGCACGUCAAGUCAUGGAUGCAGGAUUUUUAAGUGUCUUUUUUCCCCUUUCAUGGGUCUGUUGUACAGUUCUCUUUAUGAACAAAUGCAAACUAUUUAGAAUCUACAAAUACAUGUUUUUGUUUAUAAAGUUCUAACAGAAAUACUCUCACAAGAAAUUUUUCUUCAUUCACUGCUAAUAUGUGAUUCUAAUCCAUAUCAAUCUUUUCUGUGCUGAUCCUUUGUUGUGCUUUGCUGCUAAUUCCACUACCUGAAAGACAUCUUUACAUAUUGUUUUUUUUUUUUCGUUAUGACUGUGAAUGAAAAUGAAUUGAAUUAAUUUUAAGACUGAUGUUAAGAUCUUAUUUAAAAGCCUGAAUAAAUAAAUUACGGUAUAUUAAACCAAUGUUGUAAAGCGUCA